AGCCAUUGUUCUCAGCAGAUUGGCGCUUGCGACAGGUCGUUGCUUGCACAUUGUUGCUUGCAACAAUCGUUGUAGUAGAGUGCAAACUAUUUUCAAUGCCAAUGAAGCACUUGCUCCUCCUCUUCGUGCCAAUCUUGGUUCGGGGAUACAAGACUCACGUGGCGGAGCAGCCCGACGAUAUCCCCGACAUCCCAAGCCAGCUUCAUGACACCGUGCAGGAGCUGGCGCUUGCCUUCUCACUUGUGCUCCAGAACUUGACCAAUGCAUCCGGCAUCAUCCGAAGUGGGGAUCAACAUUUGGACAGGAGCCAGAUCACGUACCACCCUGGCAACUUGCAAGUGGACGAGGAGUUUGUGGCGGACAAAGCUGCAGGAUUCUAUGAGGUGCUCCACGAUUUCUUCCACGGCCUGGGGGAUGUUGAAGAAGCACACUCAAUGGCAGCACUGUGCCCACACGCGUUUAUUCCAAACAUCAUGGCGUGCAUCAAGGCCAGUUCUUGCAUAAUUCAAAUGGGCAUCCCCAAUCUUAUCGACAUGGAGAUCUAUGCGGGCAUGCUUGAACAGAUGAUCAGGUUUGAGGAGAUCAUGUGGCCCCUCCUGAGAGAUGCGCUCAUGACUGAGCCUGGUGGAGGGACGGUAGCGGACGACCUCGUCUUCCCAGAGAUGUUCGCCUGUGACGGCACUGUGCAUACGGCUGGCAACACAGUGCUUCUAUCCGUUGACAGCGAGCAUGCCGAGACCUUGGCCGUAGCAGCAGCGCUGCAUGAGGCGACCGUAGCGAGUCAUCAGAUUUUGGACUCCCACGUGUUGAACAGUUCCAUGGAUGACACGAUUGACAAGCUCCAGCGAACCUGGCAUGGUCCCUGCCAAAAGAUUGGUUGUGAUCACACGAACUACUGGGACAUCUUCUUUCGGCAUCACGAGCAUUCCCUGGCCUUGAUCAAUGUGGGUCACCCGGCGCUGCUCCGCUCUGACAUCCACAUGCGCUUCAUGCUGCAGCAUCGGGUCCAGAGGUUCAUCGGCGACAAUCAUCGGGAUUACAGCUUCGUUGAGAAGUAUGCUCGUAUGGACCAAGAGCAGGCGUAUUCCUGGGAUGUGGCUGUGGCCUACCAUUCCAGAAACAAGGAGGCUCUCCAGAGCCUCGCCUCGAUGCUCCUGAGCUCGGUGCCCGAGUCCCGGCUGGAACGCUUGGUGGACAGGCACAAGCUCGCCUGGGCGGAGGAGGAGUUGCUGCGGGAGACGUCGGUGACCUCGACAGCCGUGGCCCAUAACAUCAGCGCGAAUCAGAUGUCAGCUCUGGAAGUCGACGAAGGAGAAGGUGAGGCCGGCGAUGCGCAGUGGGGCCGCAGGCGCCGGCGCCGGCGCCGGCGCCGCUUUUUCAAGGCGAUUGUGAAGGCUGUUGUGAAGGUCGUGCAGGUGGUCGCGAAGGCGAUCGGAUCCCUACUUGCAUGCAUGGGCGACUUCGGGAAAUUUGCUGCCACAGGCUACACCAGAGCUUUCACCCCCAGCACGGCCGGAAGCAUUGGACUGAGCGCUGGCAACACUAACUUCCUGAAAGACAUCCUGGGUGGUUCGACGCCCUCAGGCUGGAUUUCCCUGGAUAUGGGCUUCUCUGUUGGCUCCACCAGCGAGAUCUGGUGGGCGGGUGCAGGCUUCAGCGGCUCUCUGGUUUGCGACACCACUGGCGCGUGCUCCAUCUACGUCGCUGUGGCCAUUCUGGCGACUGGGAACGCGAAGAUGCCGGUGAGUGCAUUGUGCCCCCUGGGCGCCAGUAUCGGAGCCAUGGACUGCAGCCACUGCGCAGGGGCCAGCAUGACCAUCUUGUGCUGCAGCUUCGAUCUUACGAACGGCAACAACGGGUGCAGGUGAGGCGAUGACCAGACUUGUCACCAGGUUCAGUUUUUUGAGUCAUUUGACUUCUGAGUCGUUUGACUCUCUAAGGCUUGCCAGCUUACUUGUCACCGGUUUCAGUUUUCAGUCAUUUGACUCUCUUUGGCUCUGGCUCUGUGAUAUUUUUUGCAAGCUCAAGCUGCCACCGGUGGCGUGCGUUCAGCACGAACUGAUCCAUGCAGAAAGGGCCUUGGCUUUACGGUGAGCAGGGAGCGUUCUCUAGAGGCUUGAGGGAGAGAUCCGGGUGCGUCAUGACCCGGCUUUAGUCGACGAAGAAGGCAAGCAGGCGAGCUUCGGCCAUGUGGAGCCAGAACACCCCCAAAGCCUGAAGCUCCACACCUGAGAGAAGUCAACGUAGGAUUGUUGCAAUGAAGCCGCUUCAAGCGCCAUCGAUUCAGACAUGUGGCAACAACCUAC